AAGCUUGAAAGUAAGCUUCUUGUCCGGCUGUUCUCGAUGGCAUCUGUGUGCCUCCCCCUGCUCCUGCUGGCGUUGCCGGCGUCGGCGCUCGUCGCCAAGCCGGCCCUGCCCCGGGCGUCGGUCGCCGCGCGGCGGAGCGCGCCGGCCCUGUCCAUGUUCGACGCCGCGGUCAUCGAGACCGUGGCCAGCGCCGCGGCGGUGCCGGCGGUCUUCGUGGGCACGGGCGCCUACCUCGUCGGCGCCGAGGGCGAGGAGGAGGAGGCGGUCGAGGCCGAGGCCGGCGACGGCGAGGUCGACAUCUACCGCGACACGCUCCUCCGGUACGCGGGCUACGCGAACGAGGUCGGCGAGGCCUUCGCACCCAUCGUGCCCCCCAUCUGCGUGCCGGCGUCCUACGCCGUCGCCAUCACCUACGUCGUCGCCGACACCGUCGACAAGACGCGCAAGGCCUACGGCGGCGCCAAGUACGAGGAGGACGCGCUCACGUCGUGCGCCUUGAUCGAGGGCCUCGACGCGCUCAUCUGGCAGCUCGCGGCGUCGGUGGCCCUGCCGGGCUACACGAUCCACCAGGUCGUCGCCAUCGCCGUGACGCUCCUCGGCGCCGCGGGGCUCACGGAGGGCGUCUACGACGUCGUGCCCACGGCGAUCGGCCUCGCGACGAUCCCCUUCAUCGUCAAGCCCCUCGACGAGCUCGCCGAGGUCGGCAUGGACGUCACCCUCCGCAAGGUCUGGGGGCCCUACCUCGAGUCCUGCGAGGUCAAGUACUAGGCGCCCGGGCCGCGGCGCCGACCGGCGCCGGUCCCCGCGCCGAUCGCGGCUUCGCUCCGUUCCCGCGCCGCGGACGCGCCCCGGUAAAAGCUACACAU